CGCGAGGUUGAUCUAUCUUUUGUCAGACCCCCGCCUUCCACGGCUGCCUCCGCUCUUUCUCGUUGAAAUUCCGCACUUUCUCCUGCGGAUCAGCUAAUCACCAUUAUUAUAAGAAGCCAAGUCCGCCUUCAAUCUUUAAACAAGUUCGAGAGAGAGCUCCUUUGAUUCGACCUAAACCUCAAUAUAUUCUGUUUUUUCCCUUUCUCUUUCAUUCGAUAUAAGCGAAGUGAACGACGAUUAGAUGGCGAAACUCUACGCGCAGACGGUGCCGCCGCCGGAUCUGAACAAGAACACGGAGUGGUUCAUGUAUCCGGGAGUGUGGACAACCUACAUCUUCAUCAUAUUCUUCACCUGGCUCACGGUCCUUUCGGUCUUCGGCUGCACCCCUGGCAUGGCAUGGACAAUCGUUAACCUUACUCAUUUCGCCGUCACAUACUACUUUUUCCAUUGGAAGAAGGGAACUCCCUUUGCUGAAGACCAGGGUAUCUACAAUAGAUUAACUUGGUGGGAACAAAUAGACAAUGGAAAGCAGCUUACUGAUAACAGGAAAUUUUUGACGGUUUUACCUGUGGUUUUGUACUUGAUUGCCUCGCAUACUACUGAUUACCAACACCCAAUGCUUUUCUUCAACACACUUGCAGUGAUUGUGCUAGUCAUCGCCAAGUUUCCAAACAUGCACAAGGUUCGCAUAUUUGGAAUUAAUUCAGGCCAUUAGGGAAGCUGGAAACUGAAAUCAUGAUCGCUAUAUGCAGCAAAGCCAAUGGAAGAGAUCAGCUGGUGAAGCUGAGAGUAGAAGUAAAUCUGGUAAUAGAUCAGUAGAUGCUUGUUAAACUAUGUAUAGGUAGAACUCCUGUAUCAUCUUACUAACUAGCUAUCUUUGAGUGCUGUCUGUUUUUGCAAUUGAGUUUUUUGAUAUUUGGAUUUUUCAAAUCAAAUCUUUUGUUUAUCGCUGCUUCUUUAUAUCAAAUAUGUGGCUGUGAACUUGUAGUA